AUGGCAAGCCGCGAUAGCCUCGACGACGGCGCCGACGGCAGCGACGACGAGGAGGUCAAGCCGCCCAACCUCCACCUCAAGACGCAGCCGCUGUCCCUCGCGUGCCACCCGCGCCGCGCGAACAUCUUCGCCGUGGGCCUCUGCGACGGGUCCGUGGAGCUGCGCGACUGCUGGGGCGCACCGGGCCGGCCGGCGCUGGCGCGGCUGGUCCACGACGAGGGCGCGGCGCGCUGCGUGGCCUGGAGCGGCGACGCGCUCGUCUGCGGCUUCGAGAGCGGCGCGGUGGUCGCGUGGGACUGCAGCGACGACGCGUCGACGCGCGGGACGCGCGCGUGGCGCGGGUCGCGCGGCGACGCCGUCAGCGCGCUGCUGCCCGAGGCGCUGGCCGGCGGCGGGCCCGUCGUCGCCGUCGGCGACGACGCGGGCACCGUCGCGCUCUACGACGCGCGGCUCCGCGCGGGCGACGGCCGCCGCGGCGUGCUCGAGGCGGCUCCGCACGAGGACUACGUCGCGGACCUCGCCUGCGCCGCGGACCACCUCUUCUCCGCGGGCGCCGACGGCCGCCUCGGCGUCUGCGACCCGCGGCGGAACCUGCGGCAGCUCCGCGUCUCCGACCCGCAGGACGACGAGCUGCUCUCGGUCGAGGUCAUGAAGCGCGGGUCCAAAGUCGUCUGCGGCACGACGACGGGGCCCCUCGUCGUCUACAGCUGGGGCCGCUGGGGCGACUCGUCGGACCGCAUCGUCGGCCACCCGGAGUCCGUCGACGUCCUGCUCAGGGUCGACGACGACGUCCUGCUCUCGGGCUCGUCCGACGGCGUCCUCCGCGUCGCGCGCGUCAUGCCGGGCCUCGAGCUCCUCGGCGUCCUCGGCGACCACGGCGGCUUCCCCAUCGAGCGCCUCGACUUCUCCGCGGACCGCGCGCUCGUGCUCUCGCUCAGCCACGACGACGUCGUCCGCUUCUUCGACGCGCGGUGCCUCGACGACCUCGACGGCGACGACGCGGGCGGCGGCGGCGACGACGGCGGCGACGGCGACGGCGACGGCGACAGCGACAGCGACGACAGCAGCGCGGGGCCCGCGCCGUCGCGCCGCGCGGGCUCCACCACCGUCGGCGGGCGGUCCAAGCUCUCCCUGAAGACGAAGGCCGAGUCGUUCUUCGACGGCCUGCUUCCUUCCCGGGAUCUGGGGCAGCCGCGCGCCGCCAUGGCGGACCGGGACGCGGGGAGCACGUGCACGGAGCUCAAUAGGCGAGCGGUCACGGCGCAGGAGGAGGCGCGCCGGGCCAUCGCCGAGGCGUCGACGCUCCGCCGCGCCGUCGAGGCCCAGAGCGAGUGCUCGCGGCGCCGGUCGAGCCUCCCGCGGUCCGGCGGGCUCCGCGGCGGGGCGGGCCCGGCCACGCCGCCGCCGUCGCCGCCGCGGCCGCUGCCGGGCGGCCUCGAGGCGCGCCUGAAGAGCCUGCGGAUGCCCGCCGGGUGGGAGGCCGAGGUCCGCGCGCUCGUCGCCGACGCGGUCCACGAGAGCCCGAGCCGCGCCGCGGACGACCCCGUGCGCGCCGUGUCCCUCGACGGCCGCGCCGCGGACGACCCCGUGCGCGCCGUGUCCCUCGACGCGAGCCCGGACGCCGCGCGGGGCUUCGUCGCGCCCGCCGAGGGCGCGCCGCCGCCGGUGCCCGUCGUUCUCGCGUCCGAGUUCGACUACGAGGCCUACGACCCCGGCUGGCCCCGGGCCACCGGCGACGGCAUCGAGGCGCGCGUCCGCCGCUGCGAGGACGCGCUGCGCCAGGUCGAGCUCAGCCAGGACCCCGAGGUCGAGGCGCCCGACCGCCGCGACGGCGCCGCGCGGACGUCGGGCUGGUGGCUCCUCGACGUCCUCGGCCUCGCGUCCUGCGGCGCACCGUCCUGCGGCGUCGACCGCGAGGCGCGGCUCUGCGGCGGGACACCCCUCACGGGCUUCGAGCGGGCCGUGUCGCUCGUCGCCGCCAAGCGGACGCAGCCCCUCGAGGCCGUCGCGAAGCUCAUCUUCGACGCCGGCGGGCCCAAGGCGCGCGGCACGGAGCCGGAGAGCCUGGGCCGCCUCACGGACGCGGCGCUCUACACGGGGUCCCACAAGCACCGCUUCGACGCCGACGGCAACGGCCGCGGCCUCGACGGGCGAGACAGCAUCCCCAAGGGCAAAGGCCACAUCCCUGCCAACGCCGGGCUCCAGCUCCGCCGCUACGCGAACGCGGGGCCCAUGCCCGACUUCGUCCAUUGA